UGUGGUGGUUUCUACUGCAAGCUGUGCCUUAGUGAGCACCCCUCAGCAGCAACCAGCACGCUGCACACCUGUGACUGUGUCUUCUGCACCCCGUGUCUACAGCAGUAUGUUCAGCUGGCCAUCCGGGAGGGUGGGGGCAGCCCGGUCACAUGUCCAGACAUGGCUUGUCAGAGGACAGGAGUCCUACUCCACUCAGAGAUAGCCUGUUUUGCCCCUGCGGAUCAGGUUGAGCUGUACCAGCGACUGGAGUUUGAACAAGGGGUGCAGCUGGACCCUAGUAGAGCAUGGUGCCCGGUGCUGGAGUGCCAGGCUGUCUGCAGCGUUGGGCCCAGCUCAGAGGGCCAGCCUACGUCCGUUCCCUGUCCAGCCUGCCACACCAUCUUCUGCUCUGGCUGUAGAGGGCCCUGGCAGGACGGGCACGCCUGCUCCGAGCACCAGCCUAUGACAUCACAAUCGCUGCCUCAGAGAGCAGGGCCGGUCAUGCAGUGA